AUGGACCCGAACAGUCCAAUGGGACCUCCAUCCCGGAGCGCAACUAUGCCAUCACGCGAGCCACCACCCGCGGCGGCAUAUGGUGAAUAUGAUUACCCAGCUGCCACAAUGAGCGGUGACAUGCCUCCACGCCCCAACACCGCCGGUAGCAUGCGACCUCCACGGGCACGGGCUGCGCCUGGCCCUGUCCCCAAUCCAGGACUAAUGUUUCCUCCUCCUGAUCCGCCUAAUCGGGUUUCAUAUGCGCCCAAGGAUUUCCUGGAUACCUACUACGAUAGUAACGAUGAACCUGAUAUGCCCGAUAUGCCCAACUUUGAUGCUAUCCCCCAUACCAAUGGCCCGGUAGAUGAGAUGGGAUUGGAGGCACCCAAGCCCAAACUACAAUCACCAGGUUCCCCAAGCUCGCCUGGUAGCGGUCAAUACGCAGCCUACUCCCCGGGUGCGGGUGCGGGUGCGGGUGCGGGUGCGAGUGCGGGUGGGCUAGGAACCUCACAAUCCCGAUCUCUUGGACAAGGAGAUGCGCCAAAUCAGUUCGAGAAUGCCGGCUUCAAUUUCAACAUCGGUGGUGGCGACACCUCACCAGCUGCUUCCGGAUAUGGACAUUCACCCAACAGCUACGAUCAAUCUGGUGGCUACUUCCCUCAUGAACCCGCACCAGCGUACACUCCAGGUCCUCCGGGUCCUGUUCCACCCGGCCCUGGUCAGCAGGGAUUCCCAUAUGAAAAACACCAGUCACCAGAUGUGCAGCAAACCCCCGAUACUCUGCCUUCUCACCCAACACCCUUCCGGCCGGGCCACGACCAAGCCGCAAAGCCCGCCCCGGUGCGAAACUACAACAACGCUCCCGUGCCUGCGCAAGCUCCUGCUGCCGUUGCUGCUCCUCAGCCAACGACCCCGGAUGUAAAAACCCCCAUCACACACGAUGAACUUGAGCGACUACAACAGAAAGCACGAGGUAAUCCUUCAGAUCAAGCGACUCAGCUUCUGCUAGCCAAAAAGUUGGUUGAAGCCACCACUGUCCUUAUACAAGAUAACAGCCGACUCGAUCCCAAAACAAAAGCCAAGGCAAAGGAAAAGUAUAUACAGGAUGCACACAAGAUAGUGAAGAAGCUAUCGCAGGCUGGAUAUGCAGAUGCACAAUUCUAUCUCGCCGACUGCUACGGGGAAGGUCUUCUUGGAUUGGAAGCCGACCCAAAGGAGGCAUUCAACCUAUACCACUCGGCGGCAAAGGCUGGCCAUGCCCAGUCCGCCUACAGAGUGGCCGUCUGCUGUGAGAUAGGCGCAGAAGAAGGCGGCGGUACAAAGCGGGAUCCUUUCAAGGCUGUGCAAUGGUACAAGCGCGCAGCGUCUUUGGGCGAUACUCCUGCCAUGUAUAAAAUGGGCAUGAUUCAUCUCAAGGGUCUACUCGGCCAAGCCCGGAGUCCCCGCGAGGGCAUCUCAUGGCUUAAGCGCGCAGCUGAACGUGCCGACGAAGAGAACCCCCACGCCCUACACGAGCUGGCUCUCAUGUACCAAACUGCUUCUGGCAACGAUUCUAUCGUCCGCGACGAGGCAUAUGCCAGCCAACUCUUCCACCAGGCUGCCGAGCUGGGCUACAAAUUCUCUCAGUUCCGUCUCGGUACUGCAUAUGAAUACGGUCUGAUGGGAUGUACCCCCGAUAAUCGUAUGAGUAUCAUUUGGUAUACCCGGGCAGCUGCCCAGGGCGAGCAUCAGAGUGAACUUGCCCUGAGUGGCUGGUACCUCACUGGCUCGGAAGGUGUUUUGCAGCAGAGUGACACAGAAGCCUACCUCUGGGCCCGCAAAGCAGCUGUGGCUGGUCUUGCCAAGGCCGAGUAUGCGAUGGGCUACUUCACCGAGGUUGGAAUUGGUGCCGCCGCUAAUUUGGAUGAUGCUAAACGUUGGUAUUGGCGUGCAGCGGGUAAGAAUACCUUGAUCUCACAUUUUUCUGAAUUCUUGCUGACCCUCUAUCUUCUAGCCCAAGGAUUCCCCAAGGCCAGAGAACGCCUCGAGGACCUCAAGAAGGGUGGAGGUAGGAUGCAAAAAAACAAUUUCUCUCGCGCAGCUGUGAACAAGCAAAGUGAUGGAGACUGUGUCCUGAUGUAG